UUUUGAGCAUGCGAGCAAUGGCUAUCAACGGUCUACAUAGUAUAUAUUUUUUUAUCUUGCUGGCGCUGUUAAUUGGUCAAGGUGAUGGACAAUGGAAAAAAGUAUCUAGGGAUGAACUUCAACGUGAUAUGAAGCUGUACCGGAAAAUGAGUGAAAAAAUAAAACAAGAAUUUGAAGAGUAUUACACUGAAUACGCGGAUGAUCCUAUUAAUGAUUACUUUCUUGAAGAAAUAGACUAUGUGCAGAGUAAAAUUCAAAAACACGUAAGACCAAAAGUAAAACACAAUGGAGGUAAUGAAGUUAGUUAUACUCAGGUUAAUUUUUCUGAUGAUGAUUAUUAUGUUAAGAAUCAACACACAAAAGAUAAUGCUAGCAAUAUGGCACCUAAGAGAACAGAUAAAAAUUCUAAUAAUAAAUUGAGUGCUACAAAUGUAACGUGGCCUAAAUUUGACGACAUUUUAUUGGCAAUCGGCAAACAAUAUGAUUGGAAAAACGAUAGAUGGAUUAAAGUAAAAGCAAAAAUGAAAGACAAGCAAAUACAUAGUUUAAACAGUAUAGAAAAUAAUGCAGAUCAUCAAAAACAUAAUUUUAAGUACAGGUUUGUAAAAUUAAAUAGAACAAAAAGUAAAAGAAAAAUAGUGAUAGCAGUUACUGCCGUUAGAUAGAAUCCAAUGUAAAUGAGAAUGAUAAAUAAAAACAUUACAUCUUUUAAUAUUGUAUAAAAUUAAAGGGACCAAUGCGGCUAACUUAUUAGUUAAUUUCAACGGAUUCCUUGAAAGUGCAUUCCUUACGGCAGAAUAUUAUAGCAAGUGAAAAACAAACACUUACUUUAGUAUACCACUGAUCUAAUAAUAACCUAAACUCUCUAUUUAAUUGUUGCUGUGAAAGCACAUUAACAUUAAUAAACCAAACAAUUCUGUUGACUAAAUCAUUAUCAUGUAUUUAAUGUUUCCCUGUUCAAAAAAGUUAUUAAAAUAAAUAAAGUUGAUCUUCA